GUGUGAAGUCAUGUGACCUGUUUGGCUCCUCCUUCUGCAGAGUAUAAAGGCUUCUGAACACACUGAUCUUUGCAUUUCCUCACUAAGUCUAACAGCCUGCAGAAAUCUGCUUAACAGUGCCAUAUCCUGGGACUGAUCUUCACUGAUUUUGGUAGCAGACAUAAUCAUGGACACUGCUGUUCUGAAAGACUCAGGAUGUCCUGCUGUCUGCCAUCAGAAAACCAACAAGGAGAUGUUUGGGACUCUGACCAGAGUCUCUGUUGGUAAAAAGCAACUGAACAAACCAAAUAAAACCAUCUUACUUGUUGGAGAAACAGGAGCAGGAAAAACUACUCUGGUCAACGCUCUGUUCAACUACAGCAUGGGAGUAAAGUGGCAGGAUAAGGUCUGGUAUCAGAUCGUAGAGGAGGGAGAACAAGGUCCAACAUCAGAUGUGAUCGUUUACGAGAUCUUUGGUUCUGAGUGUAAAACUCUGCCGUACUCUCUGACCGUCAUCGACACGCCUGGUGUUGGCGACACCAGAGGGAUUGAACGUGAUGUUAUCAUCAGUCAGAGAUUGUUUGACUUGUUUCGCUCAGAGGAUGGAGUUCAAAAAAUUCAUGCAGUUGGUGUGGUAAUUAAAGCAACAGACACUAAAAUCAGUGAGCGACUGUCAUACGUCUUUGAUUCAGUGAUGUCUCUUUUUGGAAAAGACAUGGAGAAAAACACUGUGGCGCUCAUAACCCAUUCAGAUGGAACAAAAACUGAAAUUGCUCUUCAGGCACUUGAAUGUGGAAGAUCUAGAUUUGUAAAAAACAAGAAGAAUCAAGCUCUUCACUUUAUGUUCAAUAACUGUCAGAAUGCGCCCCUUACAGAAGAAACUGGAGCAGAUCUAAAAGAGGCAUGGAGAGUGACAGAGAGUGGAAUGAGUCAAUUUGCAUCUUUUCUUGAAAAGACUUCUCCUCAACAGCUACAAGCAAUGUUUGGGUGGAACUCACGCAUCAGACUGUCAGCAUACAUACAAAACCUCCAAGAGAAAAUCCAACUGAAUGAACUGAAAAUGAAAGAAAUAACACAGAUUGAAGAAGCAUUAAAGAAAAACAAGAAAGACACCGAGAAAGAUGAAAAGUUCCCUGUAAACGUAAAUGAAGUUUACAAAGUUAGGGAACCUAUUGACAGUGAGACAUCGUUUUUAAAAUCUGCCGUGUGCUGUACUGUCUGUGAGGAGAACUGUCAUUACCCUGGUUGCACAAUGGCUUUGGAUCCACAACACUGUGAAGUCAUGAAGUAUGGCCGAUGCACUGUUUGUGUCAAGAAAUGUCAUACAUCAUCUCAUGUUAAAGACAACUGGAGGUAUGUCACGAAGACAAGAGAAGUUAAGAGAACACAAGAAGAAAAUAAACAGAGGUAUAAGAGUAAUAAUUCUGAUAUAAAGAAAAACGUAACAAUACUAGAAAUCCUAGAAAAAGAAAUGGAAACCCUUACCCAAGAGAAGUUACAGUUGACAGAGGAUGCCUACCAACAGGCUGUCAAACUGGAACAGUGUGUCCUUAACGUAUAUUCGGUCUCCACAUAUGUCUCUUUGGAUUUCCUGAUUGAAAAGAUGAAGGAAAAACAUGACCAAGAGAAAGUCCAGAAACUGGAGGAGAUAAAAAGCACAUUUCAACAGUUAAACGAAGGAGCCAAAGCAGUGCUGCAGUUCAAGUCCAACACAACCUCUUUGGAAUAUAUAACUUCCAUCAGUCUUCUAGUUCGUUCCGGAUCUCCUGCGGUCUACCAGCUCAGAACAAAGAAGGAGAACUUUGGGACCUUGACCCGACUGACUGUCGGUACAAAAAAGCUGAACAAGCCAAAUAAAAGCAUCUUGCUUGUUGGUGAAACAGGAGCAGGGAAGUCUACUCUGAUCAACGCUCUGGUCAACCACGCCAUGGGAGUGAAGUUUGAGGAUGAAGUCUGGUUUCAGAUUGUAGAAGACGAGAACAGAAAUCAGACAGAAAGUCAGACCUCAGAUGUGAUGGUGUACGAGAUCUUUGGUUUUGAAGGUAAAACUCUGCCCUUCUCUCUGACCAUCAUCGAUACUCCUGGCUAUGGAGACACCAGAGGGAUUGAACAUGAUGUCAUCGUCAUUGAAAGAUUGUUCGAGUUGUUUCGAUCUGAAAAUGGCAUUCAUGAACUUGAUGCAGUGGGUCUGGUGCUGAAGUCAAGCGUGAAUCGUCUGAGUGACCGACUGAAGUACAUCUUCGAUUCAGUGAUGUCUCUGUUUGGAAAAGACAUAGAGAAAAACAUUGUAGCCCUGGUCACUCACUCCAGUGGAAGAAGGCCGAAGGACCUGCUUCAGGCUCUCGAAGCUGCAGAUAUUAGAUGUGCCAAAGAUGAGAAGGAACAACCUGUUUACUUCCUGUUUAAUAACUGUCAACAAGAUGAGCGAACAGACGAACCAGAAUACCUGGAAAAUGCUGAUAGAAUAGCAAGGAGAGGACUGAGUGGCUUUACUGCCUUCCUGGGAAAAACUGCACCUCAAAAACUAGAAAUGACUUUGGAUGUUCUCAAUGAACGGAUCCGACUGGCAUCUUGCAUCCAGAACCUGCAGGAUAGGAUCCAGUUGUCUGAGCUGAAACAGGCAGAAAUUAAACAGAUCCAAGAAGCUCUGAAGAACCAUGAAGAUGACAUGAAGACCAAAGAGAAGCCCACUGUAGAUGUUAAUGAAGCCUACAAAGACAAAGAAUACAUUGAAGGAGAUUUGCUGUUGAUGACUUUAUUUAAAGGAGCAGUCUGCUGUACCGUCUGUGAGGAGAACUGUCACAAUUCUGGAUGCACAAGUUCUACAAGCCUUAAAGACUGUGAGGUGAUGAAAGAUGGCCGCUGCACCAUUUGUUCUUUGAAGUGUCCUGUAUCUGCUCAUGUGAAAGGAAAGUGGAGAUAUGUGAGCAAGACAAAGAGAGUUCAGAAAAGUCUGAGAAACAUAAAGGAUGUAGGUGAUAAUAAAGACUCAGAAAGGAAACAAAAGUUGGGCCUUUUGGAAACUCUUGAAAAUGAAAUGAAACAACUAACAGAUGAUAAUUUGCAAUUGGUGGAAGAAUCCUUCCAACAUGUUAUCAAUCUUGAGAAGAUCGCCCUCAAAACUGACACAGCAUCCACUUAUGUCCACCUUGACUUCUUCAUUGAAAAGAUGAAAGAAACAGGAAACAUUAAGAAGGUCCAGAAACUAGAGGAGAUGAAAUGCAGAGAGGGCGAAUGAAUAGGAUCAAUGCUGCAGUAUGUUUGGGGAACAGCAGCAGGAAAAAAUAUUAAGGAAUGAAUGUAAUUGACUGAAUUUUUGAAAUUCUAUUUUGCCAAAAGUAUUGGGUCCCAGCACCAAAUCAAUGAGUUCUGGUGGUCCAAUCACCUCCAUGGCUGCAGAUGUGGAGAAACUUGACUGGCCUGCAGAGUCCUGACCUCAACCUUCUUCAACACCUUCGGGAUGAAUUAGAGUGGAGACUGUAAUUCUGGUUUUCUCCUCUAACGCUCUCCUAAACCUUGGAAGACGUUAACAGAAAAGUUAAAGUUUCCAUUGCUGGCAACGGUGGGUCCAUCAACAAACUGGACCUUCUAGAUUAAGAAUAGGGGACCAUCAAAGUUAAUGUAAUUGUACAAGUAGACAGACAAAUACUUCUGGCAAUAUAGUACAUACUGGGUGUUUUUUGUAUGAAGACAUUUCUAAUUAAUAAAGUAGUAAAUUGAAAAAAAAAA